AUGGCCGAAACAACCACCGCCAAAACCCCGACCGUGCCGGAGAUUAAAGAAGGCUCCACUGAAGAUAUGGAAUUAGAGCUUCAGGCUGAUGAUAAAGCGGCUCAAGCCCCCGGCUUAAAGCGCCCCAGAGAGGAAGAAGAAGAAGGGGCCCGGAAUGGAGAAAACAAUGAAGAAUCGAAGAAGCUAAAGUCUGAUAAAUCCGUUGAAGAGGAGCGGCUUGAGAAGGCAACCGAGGAAGGCGAGGUAGAAAACUCGGGUCCCAUCGAUUUGGGGCCGAAAAAGUUCGGAACUUCGGUGGAGAUGUUUGAUUAUUUCUACAAGUUUCUGCAUUUCUGGACCCCCAAUGUUAAUGUCAAUAAGUAUGAGUGUGUGAUGUUGCUGGAGUUGCUCAAGAAGGGCCAUCUAGAACCAGACAGAAAGAUUGGUGAUGGAAUUCGCACAUUCCAAGUGAGAUACCAUCCGAAGUACAAAAGUCGGUGUUUCUUUUUGAUCAGGGAGGAUGAUUCUGAGGAUGAUUUCAGCUUCCGGAAGUGUGUUGAUCAUAUCAGUCCUUUGCCAGAGAACAUGCAAGUAAAGAACGAUGUUAACAAGGCACUUGGUGGUGGCCGGGGUGGAAGAGGUGGCAGAGGUGGUGGGGGUGCCAAAGGAGGAAGUGGCCGUGGCGGGCACUGGAAGGGUGGCAAGUCAAGAAACUAG